CCCACUUUCCUAUUAAGCCACAAAGUCAAAGUUUGAAGAACUGUCUUCUUCAAUCUUCACACACCACAAAUUCAACUCAAUUCAAUUCUUCAAUACCCCAUGGAUCUUAUUGCUCAUCCUCCAUCCCCAGUCGACAUAAUUGAAGUCUGUAGAGUAACUCCUUCUCCUUGUUCUUCACCCGAGCAACAAUCACUUACUCCCCACUCUCUUCCUCUCACUUUUUUCGACCUCCUGUGGCUCAGAUUUCAUCCUAUUCAACGCCUUUUCUUCUACCAAGAUACUGCGAUCUCAUCUCUUGACGCCAUUCUCCCAAAGCUCAAAACCUCCCUCUCUCUCGCUCUCCGCCGCUAUCUUCCUCUCGCCGGGAACCUCCUUUGGCCCCGCCACUCCGUCGUCCCCACCGUUGAGUUUGUUGAAGGUGAUGCCGUUUUGCUGACGGUGGUCGAGUCCGACGCCGACUUUCACCAUCUUUCUAGCAAUGGGUUUCGUGAUGUUGUAGAAUAUCAUCCUCUUGUCCCUGAGCUGUCUAUGUCUCAUGAUCGGGUUGCAGUGAUUGCUCUCCAAGUCACCGUGUUUCGAAACAGAGGAUUUUCCAUUGGAAUAACCAUCCACCACGCAGUUAUGGAUGGAAGAACUUCAGCUUCGUUCGUCAACUCAUGGGCUUGUAUUUGCAAUACUCUUCAAGUCACAGGAGAGUCUUCUAUCCCGAUCGCGACAUAUGAAAGGACAUUGAUCGAAGAUCCGAUCAGUCUUACAGAAAUUUACUUGAACGCAUGGCUGAACCAGGAAGGACCCAAUAAUCGGAGCUUGAACAUCAAGUUACCCAAAAUUUCACCCACCUUAAUCCGAUGCACUCUGGAGUUGAGUCCCCAAAACAUCCAAAAGCUAAAGCAACAGCUUCUUAAGCAGCAGCAGCAGAAGAGUAGUUGUGAUUCUCACAAUAGUUAUAUCUCUUCGUUUGUGGCGGCAACUGCUUACCUCUGCGUCUGCAUGGCCAAGACCGAAGGCUUGAAAGAGGGAAAAUUGGCGAUCGCAUUCCCGGCGGAUGUUAGAGCUCGUUUAAACCCACUUCUUCCUUCAAAUUACUUUGGAAAUUGUUUGGUUCCUCGCUAUGCUUUGAUGGAAAGAAGUGAGAUUUUGAGUGAAAAUAAUGGGGCAGCUGUGGCUGGCGAGGCAAUUUUUGAGGCCAUUAGAAGCUUGGAAGAAGGAGUCUUGACAGGGGCAGAGGAGUGGAGAUUUAUCAUAGAUUCAAGCAACAGGGCUGCUUAAA